AUGUCUCUGGCUACUAAGACGGCGAAACUUAGAUUGAACAAAGACAAACAAGGUGGAAAUGAUGAUGAUGAUGGGGAGAGAAGGAAAUUUGGAACCUCUCAUACAUUCGAUCCACUUGUUAUUAGAGACAUUGACACAUUUAAGAAGACACUCGUUACAUCUAUUCGAAACGACCACUAUAAUAGGGCUAGAGAAAUCGUUGAGGCCAAUGAGUCUCUUGUAGCUGAAGCAGGCGAAGAGCUUGUCAAUGAAAUAGCAUAUAUAUAUUACAAACUUAACGAUCCAAAGGUUGAACAAGUGGCUACAAGUUAUAAAGACAAACGUUCUCUUAAACAUAUUUUGGCACAAUAUUACUACCAAUGUGGUCAAUCCAAGAAGGCCUUGCAAAUCUACCAGUCUCUCUCAAUGGAGGACGAACUCCAUGAUGUUUCUGUCAAUGAGAGGGCCGUUAUUGUCCAAAUGUUGAUGCAAGGUGCAAUGUCUAAUGAAAUCCAACCAAUAACCCCAAUUAUUGACGACUCUUAUGAUCAACUAUUCAACGUUGCCCUUCUUGAACUCUGUAAUGGACAAGCUAGGAGGGCUUUAGAAACUCUUGGGAAAGCCUUGGAGUUGACACAACAAUUGGAUGAUGUUGAAAGAAAAAUAGAACAGACUCCAAUUAAACAACAAAUGGCUUAUAUUGAUUUGCUCUUGGGUAAUCCUUCAUUAUUCGACAACUCCUUAACGGGGAAAUUCAACACCUUAUCCAAGGAAAAAGUUGAAUCUCCUCAUUUGGCUAUUAGAGAAUUGGAUUUAGGCACUGUUGAUAUUAAUCAAUAUAAAUUAACAACUCCUCAGCUGGCCAUUGUGAAAUCAAACAUUCAACAACUCGAUGUGGCCAUUGGAAAGUCAAACUAUGGCGUUUACAGGACAAUCCAGGAAGCAAUCGACACUGGUAACUACCAGAGGGCAAUCACCCUAGUUGACCCAUCCACUCCGGCUUUGGGGAAGCUGCUCAUUACCCUCUUGGAGAAGAUCAACUCCAAGAAAUUGCCAAUGGCUUUGCUCUCCAUCAUCGAGUCAUUCGACUCGGCAACCCCAAAGGAAUACAUCACCUUUGUUGCUCUCAAGCUUCUCCCCUACGAUGCCGAGAAAUCAAGAGAAACCCUUGACAAGUACGGCAUCUCUCUGACUGCAACUGACGUCGAUACCUCCUCUGUCAAUGUUUCCGCCCUCUCCAUCGAUGACCUCUUGACACCAACCUCCCAUCCAACACAUGUCGUCCGGGCAAAGCGCCAUCGGAAACCACGCCAUAGGGGACAUUCCUCAGACCCAGAGAGAUGGCUCCCCCUCAAGGAUAGAUCGUCGUUCAAGUCUUCGAAAAAAUCUAAACGUUCCAAACUUACACAAGGUAUUUAG